AUGACUGGUGACCCUAAAAGAGACUUAGGCUCAGCUUCUCGCUUUUCUUCUCAGUUCCAGAGGCCUGACCUCCACCUCCAAAGACCACCGGACUCCGACGAUGAAAACAAUCAAAACCACUUCACCGGAGACAACGACGAUGAUGAAAACACCCAUAAAAACCUUGAACUGGUCACACCCAACUCCAGUUCCGGAGAUCUUGUUACCCGCCGGCCGAGAGGAAGACCCGCCGGUUCGAAGAACAAGCCUAAACCGCCGGUGAUCAUAACCCGAGAGAGCGCGAACACACUCCGAGCACAUAUUCUUGAGGUUAGCAAUGGCUGCGAUGUGUUUGAAUCUGUAGCAACCUAUGCCAGAAAGAGGCAAAGAGGGAUUUGCGUACUGAGUGGGAGUGGAACAGUAACCAACGUGAGCUUGAGGCAGCCGGCGGCUGCCGGUUCAAUUUUGACGCUGCAUGGCCGGUUCGAGAUAUUAUCACUAUCGGGCUCGUUUCUGCCACCGCCUGCGCCUCCGGGCGCCACCAGUCUGGCGAUAUAUUUGGCCGGAGGACAAGGUCAGGUGGUGGGUGGGAAUGUUGUGGGUGCUUUGAUUGCAUCUGGGCCAGUUAUUGUUAUCGCAGCUUUAUUCACCAACGUUGCUUAUGAGAGGUUGCCUUUGGAUGAAGAUGAGCCACCACUUCAGAUUCAGCCACCGGUGUCACAACCCUCUAACGGUGGCGGCGGUGGUGACGGAAACCCUUUUCCUGACCCAUCUCUGGGGCUCCCAUUUUUCAAUUUUCCAUUGAACAUGCCCAAUAAUCAGCUACCAAUAGAUGGAACUUGGAUGAGCAACUCAACCAGUCGACCUCCAUAUUAG